UCCCCCGGACUCUUGUACUCAUAAAGGGCAAGCUUUGUGCCAUUAUACAGAUAUCUACUCACACUAAUUACAUAGAAAGUUCCUGCAAAAUGGCAGUGACAUGGGCUCAUCGUUGUUCGCUGUGGGCUUUGUUGUCUGUGUGUGGCACCGCCCAUGUUUUCAACGCCUACUUUCUGAAGGAAGCAACAUGGCCAUGCCGUGGUGCAGCAGGUAUCUUUGUGGCUUUGGGCAUUGUCUCUACAGUCAUCGCAUUCCAUAUCUCUACCCUCCGCUGUUCCGAGAACCACACCUUGAAAACACUGUUGCUUCAGUAUGUUUUUCUCCAGGGAGCGUCCUUUGCCGCUCCAUACAUCUUCUCUAAGAUGACUAAGGUGUGGAAAGAGCCGCGCAAAGCACAAGAAACAUUCCUCCAAAAGUUGAUCUCCCGUGAUGCGAAUACUGAGUACGGCAAACGAUACUUGAGAGGCAUUCAAUCACUGCAAGAUUUCCGAGACAAACAUCCACUCACCAAGUAUGAUCACUACCAGGAUUACUUCCAGAGACUGGCGGACGGAGAGAAGAACGCCUGUGUGGCGACUGACAUCCACAGGUUUGGCAUCUCCUCGGGCACAACGGGCAAGGGAAAGCUUAUCCCGUACGUAUUUUCUAACAGUGUAGCUAUGUUAGGGCUUGCAAUCUUUACGCUUGUAGUAAAGUCGAGUCCUGUGAAGAGAGUCGUUGGGCUGUACUGCAGGCCUACACCGAGGUUUUCAAACACAGGACUACCCAUUGCUCCAGCAACUUUUAUUCCAGACAAAUUAUCGUCAAGAAUCCUGUUAAGUGUCUUCCAGAAUUCACCCACGAGCACCUUCCAGAUUUCAACAGACUUCGAAGCCACAUAUGUCCACCUCCUUUUCGGUCUCACUGACAAAAAUAUCGAUUUAUUUUUCGCGCCAUUCGCGUCGCAAGUCUACCGCGCGCUCAAAAUGCUGGAAGAGAAACAAGACAUGGUGCUGGAGGAUUUGUCUGUAGGCAGGAUCAAUCCUAGCUUGAACCUUGAUGAGGAGAUUCGACGGUCCCUGAAUGCAGCAUUGAAGCCCAACCCAGCGAGGGCCAACGAGCUGAGAGCGGAGUUUGCUCGAGGCUUUGAAGGCAUCCUGGGCCGGAUCUGGCCCCACCUAACAGCGCUAAUGACCGUGGAUAUUUCGGGCUACAUGAAGAAACUCCAUGCCAAAUACACUAAAGGCACCCGUCUAUUUAGCUUCGCUUAUGGUUGCACCGAAGGUAUGAUGGCAUACAAUCUGUGGCUAGACGGUGAACCACAGCGGUACGUGCUGCUCCCCAACGAAGUCUUGACCGAGUUCAUUCCCGAAGAAUUCAGCGAUGAGGAGAAUCCAGAAACCCUUCUUCUCGACGAGAUUGAGGUCGGAAAGCGGUACGAGGUUGUCAUAACGUCAAAAGCUGGGUUUUAUCGUUACCGCAUGGGCGAUGUUGUUGAGGUUGCUGGUUCCCAUGAGAACUGCCCAGUGAUUCAAAUGAAGUACAGAACGGGCGAGCUUUUCAAUUUACGUAGCGAGAAAGUCGAUAGACUUGUUGUGGGCACUGCCAUACAGGAAACCCUGGAAAGCUGGCCGGGAGUGACACUCGUAGAAUGGACAUGCGCAGAAAGUCCACUGAUAUAUGGGGACCAAGAAGAUGUAGAGUACGACAUGUUCUACCUACUUUUCGUCGAGCUAGAGAAAGAAGUGCCUUUGUCAGCAGAUCAGAGAUCCUUGUUUGAUAAGUCCUUGCGUAAGCAGCAUGAGCUCUACGACAGCUAUCGCCAAAUUGGCUCCAUCAGCCAAGCUCGAGUGAUGAUCGUUCGCCCAGGAUCCUUCAAGAAGUUACAAGACUUUAUUAUAGCGAACUCGACAGCCAGUUACAACCAGUUCAAAAUGCCAAAGAAGGUACGAACAAAGGCAGCUUUUGAUCUGAUAAUGAGCAACGUCGUUGAUAACGAUGCUUGAUGGGGAAUUUUAUAAUUCCUAUAUACACGAAACAAACGCUGCUCAUUAGAAAAUGAUACCGGAAGACACUGGUCUGUCAAACACCUGUAAUCGUGCAGAGUUUUUCAUAUCACGUGUUUGUGGAUUUGUUCCCAUUUCAAUUUACAGCACAAUGCAGUGCUCAGUUCAUGUUCUGAUUCCCAUAGCGCUAAUUGACCUGAUAUUGCCCUGAAUCUUGACUAAUGAUGUUCGUUGCAAAACAUUUUUUAAAACUUCUGAGUGAAUGAUUGAGAGGGUUUUUCUUUGAAAGGUAUUUAAGCAGCACUGAUUCAUGUUAUUCAAUCCUGAGCUUUCCAGCUCGUCGUUAGAAUGGGAGAUUUUAGCAAUCUGUAUGAUACAUUAGCCAUGUUUGAUUUUAUGCAUACGCUUAUGUAAUCUUAUUUGUAGACCUCAAACCACAUAUUCAGUUGAAUGAGUCACAGAUUGCCUCAUGUGCAUCAAAUACAGCUGUGAGUUGACACUAAACUUUAAUGGAGAUUUGACCAAAUUCUCGAUUAGAAUUGGGUUUGAGUGAAAUAACGUAGAAUAGUACAAAAAGUCACAAAGGCUACAGUGCCUUUCACAUGAAAGAAAUAUAUAUUGCUGGCACUGAGAUGAAAUAAUAGAAAAAUUAGAAUGUUGAUCAUAAAUUAAUAUCAACAUUGCUUGAUCAAUAAAGAAAGAAUUCUUUACACAUAAAUACUGCUGGUAGCAGAGAUCAUUAGUUACUGAGAGGUAUGGUAUAAACGUAGGAUACUAGCCGCAACACGUUUAAGAUUGAAUUAGGAUUGCCGAGGUAGAAUUAGAGAGAUAUCAAAGAGUUUUAUUAAGAUGAAAUAUUUUAUGUCGUUGCAUCAUGGAUGUUUCCUAUGGAUCGCAAAUUUGGGUUCGAUGAACUGAGAGAUACUGAACUCGUAAGUGAGGUUUAAUUUUUCUGUACUGCAUCAAAUGAUCCAAUUAAGGUACAUAAAAAAUGAAUUGAAUUGGAAUAAUUACUUUUACUGUACAGCCGAAACAAGUUUUGCAGAAACCGAGGUCAAGUUUAGCAGCACCAGCAACAGUGAAACAACUGUAUCCCUAAAAUUCAACCCAAAUCAGUAGUAUAUAGGCCUCAGUACAAAAUUGAUGUGUAAUUUGGACUUGGACAAGUAUGAAACCUUUAUUUCAGGAGCUGAAUCCAACCCAACAUAUUUAUAAUUUUCACAGAUUACGGGGGCUAUUAUUACACCUGUUUAAUCGUUUAUGAAUCCCAUUUAAAUUAAUUUCAUGUAAUUAAAUUUUGGAUACGAGGCUGCUACGAAUUGAAGAUUUGUUUUAGACGUUUUGGUAGAAUUGUUUUCCAUGCAACACAAAUCAUAGGGGAAUGUGGGGCAAGUGGGUCACCUGGGCAACUAGCCCACGCUCUUAGACCAAAUUAAAUUAAAAGGUUUUGAAAUUCACCAGUUGCGUUUAUACGACUAUAUUUAUGUUUUCAGAGAUUAAGCUGAACAUAAUUUGAGGCCCAUUCAGAUAAUGUAAAUAAACUUGAAAAAAGAACUUCAAAUCAUGAUUUAGGAUAACAAAAAUGCCCAAACAAAACAAUUCCAUACGUAGCUUAACAUUCCAAAAAAAACCAGAAGUUACAUGACUAGAGGAAAGGUAUGGGCAUUUUCUAUUAGAUUUUUUAUACUGAACUCGGGUGCUUCUGAGAUAAUUACUAAUGCCAAUUUGCAGUGUUUUAUUAUCAAUUUGCUCAUUUUAACAUUCAUUUCGUACUCUUUUGGUGGCAUGUGUUAAGGUUUUAUGAUGUGGUCCAGUUGACCCAGGUGUGGGGCUAGUGGUCCACUUUUGCAUGAAUUUUUUAAUAUAAAUCAAGUUAAUAUUCAUACGUUUUAUUAAUGUAAUUGAUUUCAACUGCUUGCAAUAAACAAACAAGUGUUUAGGUCAUGUAUUAAGAGUAGUUUAUCCUUUUCCUAGAUUAUUGAAUAUGGUUAAAUUAGGAAUAUGCUCAAGUGGUCCAGUAUCCCCACUUUCCCCUGCUGAGUUGUGGUGUUUUGGAUAGCCCCAGUAAUGUGACAUUAAUGGUGUUGAUAUGUCGACGAGAAAGAAUGUCGGCCGGUAAAUUCACUUUAACAGCAUAGUGUUUGCUUUCCUUAGAAGUUGCUAAAACGGCCCGAGGGGCUAAAGCUUAGUGCACACACGUUCGCCAAGACACGACUAAGCGAUGAUAUCAAAGCAAUAACAUCCACACGAUGAAUAAAGAUGAUAAAGAAACUGAGUUUGUACAUACAUCAGUUUUUUAAACAAUAACUUGAACUUUUCUUCUGAAACUAAUUGUCAUUCUGAAAACAUAUGGAAUUAACGCAAUAAAGAAGCAGUUUCAUUAACUUCAACGUUCUCAUA